UUCUUUAUUAUUAUCCACAUAUUUUUUUGAUUAUCGGUCAAAAUGAAGGCUGUUCUAUUAGUGUUUCUUAAUAUUUUACAAUUAUUAUACAUUUCUUCCUCACCUCUGGAGUCAAGGUGUUUUGCGAUUGACACUAAAUGUCUUACUGCAAGAGCACAAGAAAACGUCGCUCUAUUUGUACAGGGUUUGCCAGACUUAAACAUUGAAAGACUUGACCCAAUGUGCAUCGAUUAUGUUAAAAGAGACUUAGCAGGUUUAAAAUUUGAGGGAAAGAAUUUACGGAUAGACGGUUUGGCAAAGUCAAUUAUUGAUGAAAUUAGUAUUGACAUGAAUUCAAGGUUAAUGAGAUUGGAAUUUCAUUUAGAUCCAAUCUCUAUACAGAGUAACUAUAAACUCGAUGGUAAUCUGUUCACGAUACCAAUUUGUGGCGAAGGAGAUUUGGUCACUGUAGAGAGAAACCUACAAGUUGAUUUAAAAAUGCCAUUUGAUUUACUUGUUGACGCAUAUGGCACAACGUUCAUGAACUUGAAGAAUUAUACGUACAAUUUCAACGUAAAAGACGGCGGAGAAUUCAGGCUUACAAACCUGUACUAUGGAGACCAAGAAAAAAGUGACUUUGUCCAUAACUUUUUGAACAACAACUGGAAGGCUAUUACUCAAGUCUUUGGACCUCUUAUUUUGGACGACGCUGUCUUCAAAGUAUAUAACGCAAUUGCUACGUUUAUGCGUUCAAGACCUUUGAAUGACUUGCUCUUAUAAAAUGAUACAUAUGAAGAUUUGGAAUGUAAAUAAGUGACUAUAAUAAAUCAAUGGUCGAGUAAUGUGGCAUGGUGGCAAUUAAUUUUUCUAAUUAUUUUCUGAAUAAAUUUUUAUAGCAAAAG